AAUUGUUUCCACCGGAGGAGACGCUCCGCAGCCCGGGCUCCGUGGGACCGAGGUGGCAUCAGCUGGAGGAACUUGAGUUUCCAAACAGCCUGGGCCCCCCCUGAUGGCCAUGAGAGGUAGGGGACUGACCCUGUGGAUCUCAGGCUGAGGACUUUCUCAUGGACCUGGAACCCUCUGCUUUGCAGCUUGAAGAGCUCCAAUGGCAGUUAACAAGGGUCCAACCUUGCUGGAUGAAGACCGCCCUGAGCAGGAGAACGUGCUGCAGCGGGUCCUGCAGCUGCCGGUGGUGAGCAGCACCUGUGAGUGCUUCCAGAAGACCUACACCAGCACCAAGGAAGCCCACCCCCUGGUGACCUCUGUAUGCAGUGCGUACGAGAAGGGCGUGCAGAGCGCCACCAGCUUGGCAGCCUGGAGCAUGGAGCCGGUGGUCCGAAGGCUGUCCACCCAGUUCGUGGCUGCCAACGAGCUGGCCUGCCGAGGCCUGGACCACCUGGAGGAAAAGAUCCCAGCCCUCCAGUAUCCUCCUGAAAAGAUCGCUUCUGAGCUGAAGGACACCAUCUCUACCCGCCUUCGCAGUGCCAGGAACAGCAUCAGUGUGCCCAUCGCCAGCACUUCAGACAAAGUCCUAGGGGCCGCUCUGGCUGGCUGUGAGCUCGCCUGGGGGAUGGUCAAAGACACUGCCGAAUUUGCUGCCAACACCCGAGCUGGCCAGCUAGCCUCUGGAGGGGCCGACUUGGCCUUGAGUGGUGUUGAGAAGGUGGUAGAGUUCCUCCUCCCUCCAGCCAAGGAAGAGACAGCCCCUGCUCCAGGACACCAGCAUGCCCAGAAACCUCCCCAGGCCAAGCCGGGCCUCGUGAGCAGGGUUGGGGCCCUGGCCAACACUCUCUCUCAACACACCUUCCAGACCACAGCCCGGGCGCUGAAACAGGGCCAGGACCUGGCCUUGUGGAUCCCAGGUGUGGCGCCCCUGAGCAGCCUGGCCCAGUGGGGCACAUCGGCGGCCGUACAGGUGGUGUCCCGGCAGUCGAGCGAGGUGCAGGUGCCCUGGCUGCGCAACCUCACUGCCACCCGGGACGAGGACCACAAUGACCAGAUGGACACAGAGGGGGAGGAGACAGAGGUGGAGGAGGAGGAAUCAGAGACGGAGGAGAACAAGCUCAGUGAGGGAGCAGCCCUGCCUGGCCCACAAGGCGUUCUGGGCGGUUUGGCGCACACCCUGCAGAAGGCCCUCCAGAGCACCAUCUCGGUCGUGACGUGGGCACCUGCGGCUGUGCUGGGCAUCGCAGAGAGGUUGCUGGAUCUCAUGCCAGCCCAUGCUGUCUCCUCUACCAAGGGCAGGGCCAUGUCCCUGUCUGAUGCCCUGAAGGGCGUUACUGACAACGUCGUGGACACGGUGGUGCAUUAUGUGCCGCUCCCCAGGCUGUCGCUGAUGGAGCCCGAGAGCGAAUUCCGGGAGAUCGACAACCCGCCUGCCGAGGCCGAGAGCCCAGAGGCGGAGCGCAGGGGGUCCGGGGCGCCGCCCGCCGGCUCGGAGCCCGCGUCGCGCCCCGCGCAGUCCCGCGGCAGCCUGCGCAGCGCUCGGGGCCCGGGCGCGGAGGACCGGGUGGACACGGCCGCCGCGCCGCGCGCCGCCUUGCCGGCCAUGCCCCGCGAGAAGCCCGCGCGCAGGGUCAGCGACAGCUUCUUCCGGCCCAGCGUCAUGGAGCCCAUCCUGGGCCGCACGCAGUACAGCCAGCUGCGCAAGAAGAGCUGAGCCCGCUGCCCCCAUCGCCUUCCCGGCUCGGCCCGCGGCCCCGCCCCGGCCGUGGGCUGGGGCCGCUGUCUCCUGCAAACAGAACCUACACGUCCAAAUGCGCGUUGACUUCUUCCAAGUAGUCCCCUUGGGUCCCGAGCCUCGUUCCAAGGAUGCUGCCAAGGCACACAUCAUCUUCUGAGCAUCCUUUUUGGGCUUAGCUGUCAGAGCCCAUUUUUGAGAAGCAUCAGACUAGCAGUCUGCUUUAAUUCUAUGCCUUGUUAUUUUUACCAAAAGAUUAAUUGCCCAACUUGAUCUCUCCCUUCUUUCACCAAAUGUGUGGCCAAGUGACGUUUAACUGUUUCCAGUAUUUACAUCCAUCCUCUGUGGACAAAUACUUGUCACCAGUGAACGUGUCACCACCCUAAAGGUUCAAGCAGUAGAUCCUGGCACAUUUUUAAGUCCUGAAUGCAGAGAUUCCUCUGAGUAUACAGGCUCUCAGAAGACUACUUUGAGGGGAACAGCAAUCAGGUGCAAAAGCUCUUCAGUGUUUAUAUACAUAUGAGCAUUACUUUCUGAGUACGCCGCACUCUUCACAGGCUGAGUCCUGGCCUGUGCUCUGUAGCGCCACCUUCCUGUUCACAGCUACAUUUCCAUUUGCACCCUUACUGCUUUCCACCUGCAGGUUCACCCUUCCGUCCACCUCUCAAUGCUGGCGCCCCCAGUGCUGGGAGACAGUGGUGAUCGUUUGUUAUACAGUAUAGACCAUAUAUUUGGACUCUAUAGCCACAGUUCAUUCCAAGCCCUAUUUUUGAAAAUGUUAAUAUUUGGUACAUUUGGAAAUGCAUACAUAUAAGUUAAAAAUUCAAACCCUGCCAAAGGAUGUGUGCGUUCCUCCCUGAGUUCCCUGGUUUCUCUUCCCCAAAGCAAUCAUGGUGCCAGUCUCUUCUGUAUCUUUCCGAUUACGGACUGUGCAUGCGCAGGCACAUGUGUAUAUACUCCCCACUGUUUACAUAAGCUGUGGGAGGUUAUACUCAGUGCUUUUUUCACUCAGCAAUACAUCUUAGAAAUCUUUUUUGUAUCAGUAUCAUAAAUCCUCCUUGCUCUUUUUAACAGCCACACAGUAAGUGCUGCAUAAUAUAGAUGUGCUAUGUUUGAUUAAACUAGUGCCUUAAUCAUGAACUUUUAGGUUGUUUCCAAUUGUUUGCUCCUUCGAA